CAUACAGUCAUCAGGAGGACAUGUGCGGCUCUUCACUAGCUUUACGCGUGCUGUGCCUGCUGUCGCUCGCCUGCGCGUGCUACAUCCAGAACUGCCCACGAGGAGGAAAGCGCGCCUCCGUUGAACCAGCUACCAGACAGUGCAUGGCUUGUGGUCCCAGGGACAGUGGCCGUUGCUUUGGUCCUAAUAUUUGCUGUGCAGCUGGUUUAGGCUGCUCUGUGGGCUCUCCUGAAGCACUGAGCUGCACUGAGGAGGACUACAUUCCCAUUCCAUGUGAGAAUGGAGGGAGAGCAUGUGGAUCUGAGAGGGGACGCUGUGCUGCUCCAGGUGUCUGCUGUAACUCAGAGAGUUGUGUUCUGGAUUCUGGCUGUUCAGAAGAUGACAGGCAUAACCCUCAUGCAGAAGGCAGCACUGUAUUGAGCAGUAUUUCAACAGGAGAGAUGCUUUUGCACCUCCUCAGCCUGGCUACUAUGAAACAGAGAGAGGUCCAACAGUUCAGAGACACUUGA